GUGCGUCUAUGCUGUUGCAAUUGGCUCAUCGUCUCUGAGGGUGGCCGACGCGCUCUAUCUUCACUUCCACCCUCGAGGCCAGUAAAUUCACUCCUUUUGGCUUGACGACGACCACAGAUAACACGGAUAUCGGCAACAUCAACAUUCAAUCCUGUUCUUUACAUUUCUUUGAACUCAUCUUAUGCUCCUGCUUGAGUUAUAACUAACGACCUCGUUUCGCUCCUUAUGGAUCGGUCGAAUACCCUGUCUAACGGCCAGAAGACCGGCGGUACCUCCUCUCCAGGACCAUUUGCAUAUCAGACACGUCUUCUUGAACGAACCUCGUCUCGUGGAGGUACUGGAUCUCUAUCACGGUCUAAUUCACAAGUUACAAGAGGGAUACUGAACUCUCCGACGGGAAGCGUAGCUACGCGCAGAUGGGCCCCUACACAUCGUGUUGGAGCUAGCCUUGAUGCCGUACGAGGGAAAUGGGAGGACCGUGCAAGAGCCGAAUCUUCCCUUGAUGCCCGUAGUAUUGAUUCUCCAGUGGAUAUCCUUAGCAAUGAGGAUUCAGAUAAUACCGCUUCUCUUACACCGCUGAAGGAUUCUCGCUUUGAAAGUGUGUUAAACACUCCUAGAAGGAGAACAGAGAGUGCUGUAGACCGUGGAUAUGUUACACCAACCACACUCAAACGGCAAACGAUGCCUGCACCGAUCAUUGCGUCUCCGUUAUCGCCAAAUACAACUGGUGUUUCUGUGGAAAGUCCGGAGUCAUUGACAUCGUCUUUUCCUAUAUCCACUACGACGAGCCGCAUCCAUCUGCCUGUUUCUUCACCUCUACAAGCAUCUUCUACUCCGUCUCCAACUAGGCUUUUCCAGACCUACACUAAGCAACCGCACGACAGCGAUUCCACCGAUCGAAUUGCAACUGUGCGUACUCGACGUUCGAACACCCUGGGCGACCUCAAUUCGGUACCAACCGGCUCCUCGACAUCAUCUGAUUCCACUACGUUGUCGGACACCUCUCAUACAUCCCAGUCCAUAUCUUCCAACAGAACCACCCUUAGUAGUCUUUCGCGGCGACCAACUUCCCUGUAUGGGGAUCGCUACAUUGCUUCUCCAGACAAGCCUGCUUUCCCUAGCCCUUCUUCCAGCGCAGGACCCUCCCGAUCUUCGUCAUUGUCUCCGGACAAGUAUGCUGCAUUCACGUCACCUGCAUCACCGUCAUCAUAUGUAAUGUCACCAAAGCCUUAUGUGAGCUCAUACAUGAAUCGGAAAGCCUCCACCUACGGAGAUACCUUAGGCACGCGUCGGCUGGGUCGCCAUCUCCCACGUAUCGCUAGCGGAGACGGCCCCGAUGAACCAAUAGAAGACAAUAAAGAGGAAGAGAAACCGCCUCCUGAACCUCCGGAGAAUCGGCACACUCGACGACAGGAUAGGGAGAGACGGGCUCGCGAAUGGCAAACACCAUCACAGGAGAACAUCCGACAUACAGACGUUCUUGUCCCAGGUAUCCCAGGUAGUGACGAUGUGGCUGGAAUUCCCGGCCGCAUACGACUAUCUCGAGACAAAGUACCUAGUGCUCCAUCCUCUCCUUUACCUUCCGCUCGUUUGACAAGAGGUCUAUGGGCUGAUGUACAGAGGAAUCUCAUUCAAGCCUAUGAAUACCUCUGUCAUGUUGGUGAGGCACAGCAGUGGAUAGAAGGUUGUUUGGGGGAAGAAUUACCUUUUGGUGUCGUGGAGAUGGAAGAAGGGCUGAGGAACGGCGUGGCACUGGCGAAACUGGUCCGAAUCUUUCAAGGCGAACAUGCUGUCAAGCGAAUCUAUGAGGCUCCUAAAUUGGACUUCCGACAUUCAGACAAUAUCAAUCAUUUCUUCAAUUUUGUGCGGCAAGUUGGACUGCCUGAGAGCUUUAUUUUCGAACUCACAGACCUCUACGAGAAGAAGAACUUCCCGAAGGUAAUAUAUUGCAUACAUGCCCUAAGUCAUCUUCUUGCUCGCCGAGGCAUGGCAGAGCGUAUAGGAAAUCUUAUUGGUCGCCUUGAGUUCACCGAUGAUCAGCUCCAGAAGACUCAUAAAGGAUUAAAAGAUUCUGGCGUUGCACUGCCCAACUUCGGAAAUGUUGGCAGGGAACUAGCGAAGGAGAUCAACGAAGAGCCCGAAGAAGAAGUCGAAACUGAAGACGAGCGGCGGGAUCGACUGCUAUUGGAGAAUGAGAGCUCGAUCAUCGCGACACAAGCUGUCGCUCGAGCUUACCUUGUCAAGAAGGAGCAGGCCACACAGCGAGUUCGUAUCCGUUUGGCGGAGCGCUAUGUGCCUAAAAUCCAGGCCCUUGCCAGAGGGAUGCUCCUUCGCCGGCGGCUGGAGAUUGAACGACAGCGCCGUGCCAACAUCAUCCCGUGGGUACUGUUGUUGCAAGCACAAGCUAGGGGUCUCAUGGUGCGAAGAGACUGGAUUGCUCGUCUUCGCCGUAUCGGAAGGUUGGCUUCAUGUGCAGUCAAAGUCCAGGCGCAAGGUCGAGGCGUCUUGCAACGUCGUAAAUAUGCUCGACUCAAAACCGCCAUGCGGAGCGCGAAAGUUUCGGUCGUGAAGUUGCAAUCAAUGGCACGAGCCCGCAUCGCACAAAGAAGCCACAAAGAGGUGACGAAGUCCUUCAGCAAGCCCGUAAUUGGCCGGGCGAUAAUGGCAUUUCAAGCUCAUGCUCGAGGAAUGAUGGUCAGGCGUAAGAUUCAACGGCAGCAUGCCCGUCUGAAACGGAUUGAACCCUGUAUCCCUCCGUUACAGGCGCAAUGCAGGGGCGUACUACUUCGCAGACGGGUACGGACGCAGAUGGCGAAGCUAGAGGAUGUCACGGAUGUGGUCGUUCGCAUCCAAGCUUCUGUUCGAACAUACCUUGCUCGCAAGAGACUAUUGGCCUUGAUUCGCGGCUUAAGGAAGGGCACCCCUGCCCUGAUUGGAUUGCAGGCAACGGCAAGAGCAAACCUUUCUCGUCAGCGGCACGCGGCUAUGACCAAAGCCCUCUCAGAGGUCAAAAUUAUUAGAUCUGUAGGCGGCUUCCAAGCUCUAGCACGUGCUGCCAUAACCCGCAGUCGGCAUCGAGAGCAAGUCAAGCGAUUGGAGUUUGCUGAGCCUGAUGUCGUUGGAUUUCAAGCUGUUGUGCGAGGCACAUUGGCUCGCUGGGAGUACAGGGCAUGGCGGGAUUACCUGCACCGGAGUCAUCCACAUGCCACCAUUCUGCAGGCUCUGCUCCGAGGUGCCAUGCAAAGACGGAAGUUCCGAACCAAGAUGGAAUAUUAUCGCUCCAACUUGGAUAGAAUCGUGAAGAUCCAGUCUCUCUUCAGAGCUAAGGAAACCCGCGAACAAUAUCGACAGCUUACCCUGGGCACAAAUGUCAGCGUCGGCACUAUCAAGAACUUUGUUCAUCUUCUUGAUGAUUCAGAGGCCGACUUCCAGGAAGAGAUUAAGAUUGAGCGACUCAGGCAGGAUGUCGUCAAGCGCAUUCGUGAGAACCAAUCGCUCGAGAAUGAAGUCAACGAUUUGGACGUGAAGAUUGCUCUUGUUGUGCAGAAUGUGAAAAGCUUUGAAGAGCUGAUCAAAGCUCGUCGUAAACAUGGGGCUGACAAUGCAGCGCUGCACGCCGCCAGAGCGUCUGUAUUGGCCGCACAUGGGGACCCUUUCGCUGGACCUAGUACUUUGGAUCAUGCUGCAAAAAGAAAACUGGAGCUGUACCAGCAGCUGUUCUACCUUCUUCAGAUUAAAGGAGAAUACCUUACUCGCCUUUUCUCUCGCAUGGCAGCUGAAAAGGAGUGGGAGAAGAAUCGACGCCUCAUAGAACGUGUAGUGUUGACACUGUUUGGAUAUGGCCAUGACCGAAGGGAGAAUUAUCUGCUGCUCAAGCUGUUCCAGACUGCGAUUCAUGAAGAGAUCUCAACUGCAUCUUCAAUUGCCGAAGUUGCACGUGCUCACCCUACUUACAUCAACAUCGUUGUACAUUACGUUCGCCCCAAGCAAGCUGGCUACGUGAAAGAUACACUGCAGACUAUAAUCCGUGAAGUGAUCGAUUCUGAUGAUGUGGAUCUGGAAACGGACCCCAGCAUAAUCUACCGUGGGCGAGUGGAUAUUGAGGAGAUGAGAUCUGGCGUAGCAUCCACUAGGCCCAAAGAUCUUUCAUUCCACGAGGCUCUACAAGAUCCCGAUACUCGCGCCGAGUAUAUUCGACAGACUUCAGACCUCCAACGCUUGCAGUGGUGGACGGAAGCUUUUGUGACAGCUAUUGUCCAAUCAACUCAGCGAAUGCCUUAUGGCAUGCGCUACUUGGCUCGUGAGACCUUGGCUGCGCUUAAAAACCGCUUCCCCAAUGCAUCUGAAGAGGAAUAUGCUGUCUGCCUAGCACGAUUGGUGUACUAUCGCUUCAUUAAUCCAGCCGUCAUAACACCAGAAACAUUUGAUAUCGUUUCUCACACUAUAGACAUCGCUGCCCGCAAGAACUUGGCCCAGAUUUCUCGUGUGCUAACCCAAGUCACAACAGGAGAGGAAUUCGGUGAUGAACACCCUUGUUACGUUCCAAUCAAUGACUUCGUCCGAAAGGCCAUAAAACAGCUUGUGGCGUGGCUCACGCAGGUUGCCGAUGUCCCUGAAGCGGAAACGCAAUAUCAUGCUCAUGAGUUCUUGGACGCGACUUUCCAGCCCAAGGCCAUCUACAUCACACCGAACGAAGUUUAUUCCAUGCACGCAUUGCUAUCCCAGCAUUUGGAAUAUCUCGCUCCUGCUCGCAACGAUACGCUGCGAGUCAUUCUCAUGGAGCUUGACGGCGUGCCCAAUCUGGACAAUGACGAGUUGAACGAUGCUCGAGACACUGCGAUCGAAUUGCAGCUCACUAACCGCUUUGCACACGUCAAAGAUCCCGGAGCGGACGAGAAGGCACUCUGGGUUCAAGCGAAGAGGGCUGUACUUGCCAUUCUUCGAGUUCAACCUGCACAGGACCUAGUGGAAUCCCUGAUGCAACCUGUCACCGACCAGCAUGAACUGGCGUGGGAAACUAUACUGGAAGAUAUGCAGAAAGACCAGAAACGCUUUCAAAGAAGAAUGCCGUCGACGACUGGUGCGGAAUCUGCAUAUCGCUUGGAAGAUAUUCAAUCCAUGUCCUUCCGGGAAGUCAAAGCUCAUGCGAUCUACUUCCUCCUGGAGCUUGAGAAACGAGGAAAGAUCUCAAGAAUGGAUGGCUAUCAAGGCAUCUUGAAUGCGAUUGCCGGAGAUGUUCGUAGCAAGAAUCGUCGUCGAGUUCAGCGCCAACUUGAGAAGGGGAGCAUGGAAGAAGCACUGGGGUACCUAAACGAGCGCAAGCGAUAUUUCGAGGAGCAGAUCAAUAGCUACCACAACUACGUUGAGACAUCGAUGAACACAAUGCAGCGAGGAAAAGGCAAAAAGCGCUUCAUCAUGCCUUUCACCAAGCAAUACUUCCAUAUGCGCGAGCUCCAGAAGUCAGGCAAAACUCCGCAGUUCGGAUCUUUCAAGUAUAGUGCACAACACUUCUACGACAAAGGCAUACUCCUUUCCAUUGAUCAGUACUCUCCACGCCAGUUUGAUAGGAUCGACAUUGUUUUGUCUUCCAACCAAGUGGGGGUCUUUUCCAUAGAAGUAUUCAACCAUGCUCUUGGAAUCACGAACCGAAUGGCGUCGGCAGAUGUGAAGAUGGAGGACCUGCUACAGGCACAGUUCGAGAAUCGUGCUGCCCUUCCUUUGUUCAAUGGGUUAGCAAAAUUCAAUCUUAACCUGUUGCUCUGGCAGAUAAACAAGAAAUUCUAUGUUUGAUUUGGUGUUGUUCUCGUGCUAUCUAUGCUUUCAUCUUACGAUUCAUGUACGACCUGCGAUGACACUCUCCCGACUCACUCUUGGCUAGCCCUAUCACUUCAUUGCACAUUUGUAACUAUACCAGAACUGGUCCAGAUGUAUUAUCACAACUUCACAUCAGCGAUCUUGAUGCAUUUCUGUGACUCUCCAUGUGUCCUAUUGUACAAGUUAGAUAAUUUUACGUGUAUUCCACCCUGUCAUGAAGCUGAAGGUCUUUGUAACGUC